CUGCAGCGCCAGCUCGGAGCCUUCCCGGGAAGGACCGCUCCCUGGUGGUGGCUUCGGACCGCUCUCAGUUCUCUGCCCGCCUCCAUCCUCCGGCUGUAGCCAGCAAUGAAGCGCAGAAGCAACCUUCACCACAUUUGAGAUCUGAUGCAUUUCAGCCGGGCUGUGUAAAUUGAGAGUCCAAGAGGAUCUUUCGUUGAAGAGUGCAUGCUUCCUACGAGAAAGCAUCUGUAGCCCUUUGCAUAGCCCCAUGUAGGAAGAAGCUGUGUGAUGUGUGGAUUGUGAGUUUGUACAAGCAAAUUGCACUCUUUACAAGGAAUAACUAGACGUGAGCACGAAGAUGGAAGAGCCGGUGCCAGUGGAAGGCCAAGGCCAACUCCCCAGCCCCCAGCAAGGCUCUCUGAGGAAAGCCGUGGCUGCUGCCCUGACCCUGGAUGGAGAAUCCACUCUGGGUCGCAGGAAAAAGAAGAGGAAAGAGUCCCGCCCAGCAUCUAUCAUCAUCUACCGGUCAGAGAAUGAGGAAGUGGAUGAAGAGCCCGGGGAAUCAGAAGGUGGAGACCAACCGAAAGAAGAGGAGGGAGAAGAUUUCCUAGAUUAUCCUGCAGAUGAUGGUAUGUGGAACAUGCCUUUGGACAGCCGCUAUGUCACCUUAACUGGGACCAUCACUAGGGGGAAGAAAAAGGGUCAGAUGGUGGACAUUCAUGUCACUUUGACAGAGAAGGAGCUGCAGGAAUUGACCAAACCUAAUGAAUCGUCAAGGGAAACAACACCUGAAGGCAGAAAGACCUGCCCGAUGGCAGCUGACCGUGGGCCUCACGUGGUCCUCUGGACGCUGGUCUGCCUGCCUGUGGUUUUCAUCCUGUCUUUCGUUGUCUCCUUCUACUAUGGCACCAUCACCUGGUACAAUAUCUUCCUUGUGUACAACGAGGAGAGGACCUUCUGGCACAAGAUCUCAUGUUGUCCCUGCCUCAUUCUUUUCUAUCCAGUGCUCAUCAUGGCCAUGGCCUCUUCCCUUGGUCUCUACGCUGCUGUGGCCCAGCUCUCGUGGUCCUGGGGAGCAUGGUGGCAAGCUGCCCGGGACAUGGAGAAGGGCUUCUGUGGCUGGCUGUGCAGCAAGCUGGGUCUGGAGGACUGUUCCCCCUACAGCAUCGUGGAGCUUCUUGAAUCUGAUAAUAUCUCAGGCAAUCUUUCCAACAAGGAUGCCACCCAAGAAGUAGAAACUUCCACUGUCUGAACGCCCAACAACUUCCUUCCUUCUUUGGUUUCAGUAGCCCAUAUAUCAUCUUCCAAUUCCAGAAGAUUUUUUCUCUAAAUCUACCCCUCCCUGCUAUACACACAGUUUUUCUGGAAAAUUCUAACUUAUACUGAUCUGUUCUACCAUUUUGAGGAUUCCAAAAGGGCAAAAAAAAAAAAAAAAAAACCCCAAAACAAAAAACCGGAAAAGCAAUUGUGCCAAAGUAGGCCAUCCAGUGGACAAAUUUCUUCAUUUUCUGCACUAAAUUGACCGUUUACCUGGGACAGGGAGCUAAGUUGAAUGUCAGUUCAGGAGCAUGAAGAUGUUACUGGUGCCUGGAACCCAGGGGGUUUGUGACUAAAUAUGACAGGGAGGGUAAGGAGUAUCUGGGGAGACCAAGUCUACCAAUAAGAUAAUAGAUCAAGAUAGUCUGAAAUUUUUAGGAAGCGGAGCUACUUAUGUAGCAGGAUGUAGAGCAGAACAUAGAGUUUGUGUGUAUCACUUAGUUUUUGGUUUAGCUGAUUUUUUACUUAAAAUACUAAAAGAUCAGUGGUUUAAACAAGUCCCCUUCUUUCUUGAAUAGAAGUCUGGAGAUGGAGCUUCAAGGGACUCCAUGAGGUCAUGCACCUUUUAGUCCCCCUGGAAUAUAGUCCUCAUUGCUCUUAUUCUCAUAACCCACCCCACCCCACAAGCGCUGACUACAAUUCUAGCCAUCACAUCCAUGUUUCUGGAAGAAUAGAGGAAGGGCAGAGUUUAUCCACCUCCUUUAAGAAGGCUUAAGAGGCUUCCUAGGAGUCCUACCCAACACUUCUUUUAUCUUAUUGGCCAGACCCUAGUCACAUGACCACAUGAACAAAGGAAGCUGGAAAAUGGUCUUUUGGCUGCACAUCUAUAUUUUGGCUAGAUAGUGGGGUCAUCCUCAGUUAAGAGAAGAGGGAAGAAGGAAGAAUAGCUAUUUGGAUAGAUAAGUAAGAAUCUCUGCCUCACAGUAGUUAUUUAAAUACAUUCAGAUCCAAAAUUUCUAUUAUUGUUUUUACUUAUUUAUAUAUUUAUUUAUUUAUGACUGAAUCUUGCACAGGGAAUUUAUACAUGGAUACUGGCUACAUAGACUGGGUAUAUGCUAUAUACAGUAUUAGUAACUCGUACUUAUCAAAUAAAUGUAAUGUCACGUGGUUUCUUUCUUUCUCUCUCUUUUUUUUUUUUUGAAAGAAGAAUGAGUAGUUACCUCAUAGUAGCAUAACUUUUUCCCUGAUGGUAGAAGUGGGACUGGGUGAACAUUCAAUCUAAUCUACCAAUUGAAGACUGUGAAGGGAGGGAUUGCAUCUGUCAAACUUUUCCCAAACUGGGACAGAAGCUUUUAGUGGGAAGAAGGCAAAUUUAGCUUUCUGUUGUCUUCAGUGCCUCACUCACCAGACCUUCCUGGAGAUCAACAAAUGCAAUCUUUGCUGUGCUGAGAAGCUUGUGUUUUCUUGGCCAUGAAGGUAUAAACCAGAUGAAGCCAGAUAAAUAGAUUCUGAACUAAAAACAUCAUUUCUGAAGAUGUCCUUCUAAUUUCAGAAGUCAAAUCCUAAGAGGGCAACCAGGUUUGGGAGAUUUUGGUCCAGCUGGUGCCCACUUCUAGCUCAUAUUUCAGAAAGAAGCUAUUUAAGGAACUGUUGUGAAUCACACCAGGAGGAGUUGGCCACGCUUUUUCACAAAGACAUGUAAUGUGUGAGUGCUAAACCCACCG